ACCCACCACCUAAGCUUCUAUAUUUCCAUUCCACUAUAUAUACCCCUUUCUCUGUCUACAUUCUUUUCUUGUCACUUGUUUUUUUUCCAUCUUUAUUUUUAUAUCUCCUCACACUUUCAUUAACUGUUUUCUUCUUCUUCUACACUCUGCCCAUACACAAUACACUUUAUAUUAUACAUAAUCUUCAAAUGGCUUCUGGGUUUGCUGCCCCAAAGGCCAUUGUUCUCUGUCUUGCUUUCUGCUUGUUUCUUUCCAACUUCACUUUCUGCUUAUCUUCUAAGGUAUUUGUAGUGUACAUGGGUAGCAGGGAUAACGAAGAUGACCCAGAUGAGAUUUUAAGGCAUAACCACCAAAUGCUUGCUUCUAUUCAUCAAGGAAGUGUUGAAAAAGCCCAAGAUUCUCACUUGUAUAGCUAUAUUCAUGGUUUUAGAGGCUUUGCUGCCAAGUUGACACAGGACCAAGCUUCUCAAAUGGCUAAAAUGCCAGGAGUAGUAUCAGUUUUUCCAAAUGUAAAGCGAAAAUUGCACACUACUCAUUCAUGGGAUUUCAUGGGACUUUCAAGUGAAGAAACCAUGGAAAUUCCAGGUUAUUCCACCAAGAAUCAAGUCAAUGUCAUCAUUGGAUUUAUCGACACGGGAAUUUGGCCUGAAUCCCCGAGUUUUAGUGAUGUGGACAUGCCUCCUGUGCCAGCUGGAUGGAAGGGUGAGUGCCAAUCAGGGGAAGCAUUCAAUGUAUCAACGUGUAACAGGAAAGUGAUUGGAGCGCGAUACUACUUGAGCGGGUAUGAAGCUGAAGAAGAUUCUGUGGAAACAGUGUCAUACAGAUCCCCGAGGGAUAGUAAUGGUCAUGGCAGCCAUACUGCCUCGACUGCUGCUGGACGGUAUGUAGCAGACAUGAAUUACAAAGGACUGGCAGCAGGAGGAGCUAGAGGAGGUUCACCAAUGUCCAGAAUUGCUGUCUACAAGACUUGUUGGGACUCGGGUUGCUAUGACGUCGACUUAUUGGCUGCUUUCGAUGAUGCAAUUAGAGAUGGGGUUCACAUAUUGUCUCUAUCUCUUGGUCCCGAGGCUCCUCAGGGUGAAUAUUUUACUGAUGCCAUAUCAAUUGGCUCAUUCCAUGCUACUAGCCGUGGAGUAGUGGUGGUCUCCUCAGCUGGAAAUGAAGGACAACAGGGUUCUGCAACAAACCUUGCUCCCUGGUUGAUCACAGUUGCUGCUAGUUCAACUGACAGAGAUUUCACAUCUGAUAUCAUGCUGGGAAAUGGAGCUAAAAUAGCGGGUGAAAGUCUCAGUCUAAUGAAUAUGAAGACCUCCACCAGAAUUAUAUCUGCUUCUGAAGCAUUUGCAGGAUAUUUCACUCCCUAUCAAUCCAGUUUUUGUUUGGAAAGUUCCUUGAAUAGUACAAAGUCCCGAGGGAGGGUACUUGUAUGCAGACAUGCAGAGAGUUCAACUGAAUCAAAGUUGGCAAAAAGUGUUGUAGUUAAAGAAGCUGGAGGAGUUGGGAUGAUUCUUAUUGAUGAAGCAGAUAAGGAUGUUGCCAUUCCUUUUGUGAUUCCUGCUGCCAUGGUUGGCAGACGAACAGGAAAUUUGAUCUUAUCCUAUGUCAAUCGUACUCGAAAACCAACUUCAAGGAUCUCUUCUGCAAAGACAGUAAUAGGUUCGCAGCAAGCUCCUCGUAUAGCUUCGUUCUCUUCAAAAGGUCCGAAUGCCUUGACCCCGCAAAUACUGAAGCCUGAUGUCACAGCUCCAGGAUUAAAUAUCCUUGCAGCCUGGUCUCCAGCAGCUUCCAAAAAGGAUUAUAACAUUCUGUCUGGUACUUCCAUGGCUGCACCACACAUCACAGGAAUUGCAGCAUUGAUCAAGUCCGUGCAUCCUUUAUGGUCGCCCUCCGCCAUCAAAUCUGCACUCAUGACAACUGCUACAGUGAGAAAUAAGCAUCGCCGACCAAUGACAGUGGAUCCUGAAGGAAGAAGAGGCAAUGCCUUUGAUUAUGGAGCUGGGUUUGUGAAUCCGACUAGAGUACUGGACCCUGGUCUUGUCUAUGACGCAUCUCCAGCAGAUUACAAAGCCUUUCUUUGUUCAAUUGGUUACGAUGAGAAAUCACUACGCCUGAUCACAAGGGACAAGAGCACUUGCCAAGAGCAAACAUAUGCUGCACCUUCCGAUCUCAACUAUCCAUCAAUUACAGUGCCAAAUCUGAACAACACCUAUACAGUUACACGGACCUUGACAAAUGUUGGCCAUGCAAAAAACGUUUACCGAGCAGUAGUAUACGCACCAAGGGGAAUUAAUGUCACUGUGGAACCCGCACGGAUUGUCUUUGACAGGUAUGGCCAGAAGAUGAGUUUUAGAGUGAACUUUCAAGUAGCCGCUCCACCACAGGGCUAUGUGUUUGGAUUCUUGGCUUGGAGAAACAGGAAGUCUAGAGUGACCAUUCCACUGGUUGCUCAAGUCACCCCUUCUACCAUGGGGCGACUGAUUUAACAUUAUAGAUGCAAACUGUAGAUUAUGAAAAUCAGGGGGCGGAAGGGUUGCAGAUUCUUUGCAUAUAGAAAUAUUACCAAGCAAAUGUCAAUGCAGAAGCUGGGAAAGAAAAUACAAAAUCAUACAUUUUUACUUGGAAGUAGAGAGCAUGAAAUUUCUUUUAGGAGAAACAAAAUAUUACUUCACUGGUGAAUACUGUAAUGCUGUACAAAUAAAAUAAAUUAUAUGCAGUUCUUUUGUGCUCCAU